AUGAAACUAUUUCUAACCAUAACAAUUGCCGUGACUGUAUUCAGUUCACUGGCACAAGGUCGUGGUAUAUCACCGCUAAUUGACACUCGCGUCAUUGGUGGUUCAGAUGUUCCCGAGGGUGCCAUACCCUUCCAGGUGUCAAUACAAACAACAUUUGGAGAACAUAUUUGUGGUGGUUCCAUUAUUUCCCCCGAAUGGAUUUUAACUGCUGCUCAUUGUUUGGAAUGGCCACAGCAGUAUUUGAAAAUUGUUACCGGUACUGUGAAUUGGACUAAACCCGAUGCUGAAUAUUUGGUACAAGAUGUGAAGAUCCAUUGUCUAUACAACAAACCCAUGUAUCACAAUGAUAUUGCCCUGAUCAAGCUCUCAAAACCUAUUGUCUACAAUGAAAAAACUCAACCUGUGGAAUUGGCCACCAGCAAUACCCUCAAAGAAGGUGAUAGAUUGACCCUCUCCGGCUGGGGUAGCAUUAAGCUAUGGGGUCGCACCCCUGAUAUUUUACAAAGUGCCGAUUUGGAUUAUAUGGAUCAUGAUAAGUGCUCGUCGGCGGUAAAGAAAGCCCAAUGGUUGGGAACUGGUCAUAUUUGUACCGACACGAAAAAUGGCAAGGGAUCUUGUCACAACGAUUCUGGUGGUCCCCUCUAUGAUGCCGUUAAUAAGGUCUUGGUUGGUAUUGUCAAUUGGGGUGAACCCUGUGCCGUCGGUUAUCCAGAUGUAUUUGCCAGUGUGGCCUAUUAUCAUGAUUGGAUUCUGACCAAUAUGGCUGGUAGUGGUAGCUGUUAG